AAGGACGAGAGCUAUAAAUUGUCUAGAAGAUGCCUGUUUAGCAGUAUGAUACCACACAAUUCGAGCGUUACCAUUUCAGCGUUAAAUGAUGAAGAGGAAGCUAAUUUGUCAAUUAAGUUAUCUUCACGUGAAGAAAUGAUGGCGUAAAACUAACUCAUGACCAAAAAAAACGAAGGACGGAUAUUUUAUCCGGAAUUCUUUUAAAGUAAGGCCGUCGAGGAUUUGGGAGCCCUAUGUCCCGGUGGCCGGCCGGUUGGUUCCCUGGGGAAAGUGAACGGAAUAUGUGGCUGGGCCGUGGGUACAGGACUUCGUCAAUCUUGUGGAUAAUACUAGUGUUAUACAUACCAACUAUACACCAAUCAGGGGCACUUUCGCAGGUUGUGGCCCUCCGUGCGAACAUCAUCUGUAAUAAAAUUCCAGGACUGGCACCCAAACAACGAUCUAUAUGUAGGAAAAGACCGGACGCUAUUGUGACUAUUGGGGAGGGCGUUCAGAUAGGCAUGAAAGAGUGUCGUUAUCAGUUUAGAAACAAUCGCUGGAAUUGUUCUAGUGUUGGAACAGAUUAUAACAUGUUUGGGAAUACACAUCCCGUAGCAAGCAAAGAAGCAGCCUUUUCCUAUGCAGUGACGUCAGCAGGAGUGACGUAUGCAAUGACACAAGCGUGUAGCUUGGGGAAAUUAAAACGUUGUAGUUGUGAUAAAUCUAAGAAAAAAGGCAAAAUUACGUCACGUGGAUGGACGUGGGGCGGAUGUAGUGCAGAUAUAAAACACGGACUUAAAUUCUCAAAGAAAUUCUUAGACGCUCGUGAAAUAGAACAAAACUCAAGACCAUUAAUGAAUCUCCAUAAUAACAGAGCAGGCAGAAAGGCAGUCAAGGAGAAUAUGGGGAUGGAGUGUAAAUGUCACGGAGUCUCAGGAGCCUGUUCUUUAAAAACGUGUUGGACAACUUUGCCACCUUUUCGGAGAAUAGGUGAUCAUUUAUACAAAAAGUAUAAUAAAUCUAAAAUGGUAUUGCCUUAUUACGCAACUAGGAAUCGAAUACCAACCUUCCUAACCUUAAAACGAUCUAAGCGGGCCCACGCAAAACCGCGCCGCUCUGAUUUGGUGUAUCUCAAGAAAUCCCCAAAUUACUGUGAUUUUAAUUCGUCCACUGGUUCCCUUGGAACAGUAGGCCGGAAGUGCAAUAGAACCUCUUCCGGUACGGAUGGCUGUGAUUUGAUGUGCUGUGGGCGUGGCUACAAUACCCACCAGUAUACUAAGACUGACCAGUGUCACUGUAAAUUUCACUGGUGUUGUUAUGUACAAUGUCGUGAGUGCAGUGAGCGGACUGAGGAAUAUGCCUGUAAAUGAGCAUGCCCACACGCAUGCGCAAUGCAAUUACGUUGCUAAUUCCAAGGAUGGAUAGGCUUGAGCUUUCCUGGAUCUGGAUUGCGACUGAAAAAAAGUGCUUUUAUUUACACUUUGUGAUACGCUGGACAUGGCCACCAUGACGUCACAAUGACGUCAACGUGAUAUUUACCUUGUGGUUUGAGAAAAAAACAAAAACAAAGCUGGAUUUUUGUAGGAAACGAAAUUUCGAUGUGUUUAUGAUCCCAUAAAUUUUGGUCUCUCAAGUGGAAGACUGAAGUGUUUACCUUCUGUUCGACCGGAAGAUGUCCCGGAUACAUCGUCGAACUGCGCAAGCGCGGAUAAUUCCAGGCGAACCGGUUUUAAGCGCUACCGCAGACGGUUGUGCUUAUAAGCUAUGGAACAUUCACAUCUGACUAAGGACAACAUUGUUGAAAUGACACAAAAUAAAAACAAUCGUCUACAAUAGCGUCCUCAUCCUCAUCAUCAUAAAUUUCUAUUUAUUUUAAGCAGGAGACACAUUAUUAAGCAUGUGUGACACGUGUGAAUCCCAUCUGUCUCGUAAUCAUGAUUAAAUUUGAACGGUUCAGACAAUAGACAUAUAUAACGUCAUUCUUUUUCAUUGAAUUAUAUAGUUUUUUGUUGUUAUAUGAAGAUGAAAGCCAGUGUCUGUUUAUUUUCGUUAUUUAUCUAUUGUCAUCGAAAUGUUGUUUAAUUGUUUUCUGUUGUGUUCAAACAGUCGUUUAUGUAUAGUGUAUAAAAUGAUAAUUAAAUUGAACUUGUAAGCGUA